GGGUGUGAUACUGCAAAGCUUUUCCAGCACUUUGAAAAAGAGCAUACCAAGAAUCCUGAUUGGUAUGUUCAAUCGUUAAUUGAUCCAGAAACAAACAGAUUACAAGGUGUAUUCUAUAUGACCCCUGAACAACGCAUACUUUGGCAAUGUUAUGCAGACAUUAUUUUAAACGACAAUACAGCAGCAACUAACACUAUAUUGCCCGAUAAAACAAGUAAAUGUUAUAGAUGGGUUUUACAGCAAACAAUUGAGGCUACAGGAGUUCAGCCCGGCGCUUUUAUGAUUGAUGCAGUUCCAGAUCUUGAAA